AUGGCUAGCCAAGAUCCUUGGAAUGACUUCGACAACUUGCGGCAUAAUAUCAAGCAAAAUACCGUGGAUCGAUUGAAACAAAUCAUCACAGGACUUAACGAUGACUGUUCAACGCUCAUAUCCAAGUCGGGCAAGAAGCAGGAGCUCAUAGACAGGAUCGUCCGUCAGUUGGAUAGUUGGAAGCAGAGUAAUAAUACGGCACUAUGGAUGAAGGCGAAGGCCAUCCUUCACCAAGUGCGGACUUCUGGAGUCUACAGUCCAGCGAAGCUUACACCUGAUGGCACCGCGUAUCACCCCCAUUCCAUGACGCAUAGUCAGUACGGUGCUGGUAGUUCGACCAAAUUAAACGGCUACCACCAGUCUCCCGGUGCCACAUCUAGUGGUCUUCCUCGUUAUGACCCAUAUGCACCUCCUCGUCGGCCUCUUCCUUCCUCUGUAGCCACCUCAUCUGCUGCGACGCCCGCAAAAUCUACUAUUCGAUUCAAGCAUUCCCCGUUCUUCAGGAUAGACGAACCCGUUUCCAGCGUUGUGGAAUGUCCGGAGUCUGCUGGGUCCAUGGACCGAAGACAAGGCAAUCUCAGCUUCUCUCUAACUCUGGAUCAAAUUAGGAAACUACAGUCGACGAAUCCAAAGUACCAGCUUCGCCUAUUUUGCACGUCGUCUUCUUUUUACUCUCCGGGCCUCACUGCGUACCGUGCAAACACUGGCCCUUGUCCGAUUGAAUUUCCCCCGACUUGCGAAGUCCGCGUUAAUAAUGUACAGUUAACUGCGAACCUCAAGGGUCUGAAGAAGAAACCAGGUACGGCGCCUCCCGCGGAUCUUGGGAAAGCGGUUAGGAUCACACCCCAAAUGUCGAACCGCGUUGAAAUGGUAUACGUCAAUAGCCAACAAGGAGUCCCGCCUAAGAAAUAUUACUUGGUAGUGAUGUUGGUGGAGACAACCACGGUGGAGCAGCUGGUAGAUAGACUCCAGAAAGGCAAAUACAAGAGUCGUGAAGACGUUUUGGCUCAGAUGAAGCAGACUGCCUCUGAAGACGAUGACAUCGUUGCAGGUGCACAGAAGAUGUCGUUAAAGUGUCCACUGAGCUACAUGCGGAUACGAACUCCAACACGAUCGGCAGCUUGUGUUCACCACCAAUGCUUCGACGCUACCUCGUGGUUUUCGAUGAUGGAGCAAACGACGACAUGGCUCUGUCCUGUCUGCGAGCGUGUUCUGAACGUCGAGGAGCUUAUAGUGGAUGGAUACUUCGAUGACAUACUGAAGCGUACAUCCGAGGAUGUCGAGGACGUAAUCGUGGAAGCUGAUGGGGAGUGGCACACUUCAGACAACAAGUAUGCUUCUCCAGGGUGGAAGGCCACACAUCCUGAGCAAGCGAUGACCGUGCCUGAUACACCGCGUAAGCCUGUGCGGAGGGACACGAUGGCAAGAACACCCACCAAGACCAGUGCCGACAUGACGAAUGGUGCCUCCGGGGAGAAGGGAAAGGCGAAAGCUGACAAUGUUGAGAUCUUAGUGCUUGACUCCGAUGAUGAAGAUGACGACCGAGUCAAACGAGAACUUUCACCUUCUGCCGAUGGACGGAGUUCGACAAAUGGCCUGGUGCAGACCCAAUCAUAUGCCAGCAUACCACCUCGUUCUCAGUCAUUGAGCAUGAGCCAAACUGUGAUCGACCUUACUUUGGAUUCAGAUGAAGAAGCUCCCCCUCCUCCGCGAAGACCAGGGAAGAGAAAGACAAGCGAGCCAGAUGGUGUUUCUCCCACAGAACCUGUAUGGAAGAAGUCACGACCAGAUCCAGGCUACCGUGCAAAUGGUACGAAUGGACAUGUCAACGCCUCAACCGCUUGCUUUCCCACUUGAUUAGACCAAGCAGUUCUGGUGUUCCAUCACCGAGCACGUCAGUUUCUACUGCACCCCCUUCUCCACCCCGGCAGCGUCCUCCCGCAGCUUCGGACGGGGAGAUGCCUGCUUUCCAUUACUACCAACCCCCG